CUUUGCUAUUUUGAAACAAAAAAAAACAAAAAACAAAAAAAAAGCAUGGAGGACAAUGGAGGAAGCCUAAUAAAAAAUGGUAGCUCUAGAAAGGGUAGUUUUAGGUUGGGAUUGGGAGUGAAAGGAGCAAAAGAUCACACAGUGAUUGAGCUUGGUAGUAUUGACACACAGAGGCUUCUACUAGCCGGUGGAGGAGGGAGAGAGACACAACAACCUCUCACAAACUCUCUCUCUCCCAGGCAAAUGAAAUCUCUCUCUGCUCUCUGUGACACUAUCUUACCUUCUCUCAAUGACUUUGUUGCCCCCUCCGAUGAAUCUCUCACCAACUUCUAUAGUAUUUCAGCUUCCAUGGCAGGAACACCUGACCGUGUUGGGGGUUUGAUAUGUGAGAGAUUGAAACACCCAAUGACAGGGGUACUGAAGUUGGUGUUAUGGUUACUUUCUACAUUGUUUGGGACACUCAUUAUCUGUGGGAUGGCGUGUCUAUCAACCAAGUUUCCCUUCAUCCGCAGCUAUCCUGAUUUGUCUUUGCAGAAACGCCAAGAGAUUGUGCAAUCAUGGGCUCUUGGUUACUUUCGUCACCUUAGGAUGUUUUUCAGAACCGUUAAACUUCUCACUCUCCUUGUCUUCUUCACUCAGAUAGAUGAAUCAGAAGACAACCCUUCAUGGAAGGCAAUUGGAUACUGUGGACCUGAUCCAGAAUUCAAAGCUCAGUUAAAGAACCAUUUUUUACAUGGAACAUCUAAAGGAGGACAAGAGCUUAAGGAAGAUGAUGAUGCUGAAGAGGUCAUAGGACCUCUUUACAAAGGACUUGUCCAUCUGAAUAAUCCACGAGACAUCAGUGCAGAUGCACUAAGAAGAUUUGGAUUCCCUGUCUCUGUCAUUCGUAGAAAGCCUAAAGUUGCUGCUAACUUGUCAUCUCCUUCUUUAGUUAUCCAAUGUGAUGCAGUGGUUGUUGGUUCUGGCUCAGGAGGUGGUGUAGUAGCUGGUGUUCUUGCAAAAGCUGGUUACAAAGUGCUGGUCUUGGAAAAAGGAGGCUAUUCUGCAAGGAACAAUCUUUCCCUUCUUGAAGGACCAACCAUGGAUCAAAUGUACCUCAAUAGUGGUUUGGUUGCAACUGAUGAUAUGGGUGUGUGCAUACUAUCAGGAUCCACUGUUGGUGGAGGGUCUUCAAUAAACUGGUCUGCUUGCAUUAAAACCCCUGAGCAUGUAUGCAAGGAGUGGUGUGAUCAUGGGCUUGAGUUAUUUGAGAGUCAAUUAUAUAAAGAAGCCAUGGAUGUUGUCUGUCAGGAAAUGGGAGUUCAGUCUGAGAUUGAAGAUGAAGGAUUCAACAAUGCAAUCCUUAGAAGAGGGUGUCAAGAAAUGGGAUAUCCUGUGAGUAACAUUCCUCGCAAUUCUCCACCAGACCACUACUGUGGUUGGUGUUGUUUGGGAUGUAAGGAUGGAAGGAAGAAGGGUACCUCAGAAACAUGGUUGGUGGACUUGGUGAAAUCUGGCAAUGGAGUAAUUCUUCCAGGUUGUGAGGCAAUAAAAGUCUUACAUAAGAACAAGAGAGGAAGAGACAGAAAGAUUGCACGUGGAGUGGCUUUUGAAUUUGAAUACAAAGGAACUAAAGACAUUUGUGUGGUGGAAUCCAAGGUUACAAUUGUAGCAUGUGGAGCACUCAGUACUCCAGCAUUACUUAAAAGAAGUGGUUUGAAGAAUAAGAACAUAGGGAGACACUUGCAUCUUCAUCCAGUGACAAUGGCUUGGGGCUACUUCCCAGAUGCACCUGCAUCUGAGGUGUGGCCAGAAGCACGGAAAAAGAGCUACGAAGGAGGGAUAAUGACAGCAAUGUCUCCUGUUGUUGCAGAAUUUGAGAAAUCUGGAUAUGGUGCAGUGAUCCAAACACCUGCAUUGCAUCCUGGUAUGUUCUCCAUUCUCAUGCCAUGGGUUUCUGGACCUGAUAUAAAAGAUCGAAUGCGAAAGUUUUCUAGAACAGCUCAUAUAUUUGCACUGGGAAGGGAUAAAGGAUCAGGGACUGUGACUUCACCAGACUGCAUCAGUUACAAGCUGGAAGAUAUAGAUGAAGAAAAUUUAAGGAAGGGAAUUGAUAAGGUGCUAAGAAUUCUGGCAGCAGCUGGAGCUGAAGAAAUAGGGACUCAUCAUAGUAAGGGAAGGACCUUAAAUGUAAAGCAGGUGAGCUAUUAUGAAUUUGAGAAAUUUGUUAAGGAGGAAAGUUCAAGGUCAUUAACAGACCUUUCAACACCAUUGUGCUCAGCACAUCAGAUGGGGAGCUGUAGGAUGGGCACUAAUCCAAAGGAAUCAGUGGUGAAUCAGAGAGGGGAGACAUGGGAAGUGGAGGACCUCUAUGUGGCAGAUGCAAGUGUCUUCCCCACAGCUUUGGGUGUCAAUCCAAUGAUUACUGUUCAAGCAAUUGCUUAUUGCACAGCACAAUCUGUUCUGGAUGUUCUUAGAAGGAAAAGGAGUAGAUUUGAUAAAAAAUAAUCUGUUGCUGUUUUUGUAGCUCCAAUGGUAUAGCAUUGAGCAGUAAGGCCUUAUUCAAAUAAUACAGUAUUUCAAAACAAAACAAAAAAAAAAAACUGAAAAUUGCAAUAAUUUUAUGAGAGCUGUUUAAUAAUUCAUAAAGAGUAGCAGUACUCUAGUUUUUUUC